CUGAGAUCUCCGACGUCUCAAUCUUGCCCAAAAAAAUAGAAACAAAAAUCAAGUCCAGUGCAGCCACAGCCCUAGUUCGCUCGCGACCGUCUUCCUCUUGCUCCGCGCGUUUGAGGCAAUGGAGAUCAUUAGAGCGAUGUAAUGACCGUGAGCGAGAGCUAGAGAAGAAGAGGGCUAGAAACUUUGAGAGAGUGCAGACAAAAAGGUUCGGGCACAGCGGUUGACGUCGGAGGGUUGAUUACCGGUCUUGGGUCGUCUUCGACGAACGCAAUAACUCAAUCGGAGAAGGCUGUAUUAAUGUAUGUGUGAUGGCGUGAUUGAUUUGACCUUCUACUAAGGCAUUCGAGUUGAUGUUUUUUAAGGUAUUUUAACACCUCAAGGUUCUUUUGUAAAUUGUGGGAUACUAUUGCUUUUGGGAAAAUGGGGAUAGACAAUUAUCAUGUUAUAGAACUCAUUGGAGAAGGCUCAUUUGGAAAGGUUUACAAAGGAAGGCGCAAGUAUACAAGCCGGACUGUUGCAAUGAAGUUUAUCCUAAAAUCAGGAAAGAGUUUCUGAAAGAGUGAGAAGGAUAUUCACAAUCUUAGACAAGAGAUAGAGAUCCUAAGGAAGCUGAAACAUGAAAACAUCAUUGAAAUGCUUGAUGCCUUUGAAAGUCCUCAAGAAUUCUGCGUUGUCACAGAGUUUGCUCAGGGAGAAUUAUUUGAGGUUCUUGAGGAUGACAAGCAACUUCCUGAAGAACAAGUUCAAAAGAUUGCUAAACAAUUGGUAAAAGCCUUAUAUUACUUGCAUUCCAACCGCAUUAUCCAUCGGGAUAUGAAACCACAAAAUAUACUUAUUGGCGCUGGAUCUAUUGUCAAGCUUUGUGAUUUUGGCUUUGCGCGAGCAAUGUCAGCGAAUACUGUUGUUCUUCGCUCAAUAAAGGGUACACCUCUGUACAUGGCUCCAGAACUGGUGCGUGAACAACCAUAUAACCACACAGCAGAUUUAUGGUCCCUUGGAGUUAUCUUGUAUGAAUUGUUUGUUGGUCAGCCACCAUUUUACACAAAUUCAGUGUAUGCACUUAUUCGACAAAUUGUGAAGGAUCCAGUGAAAUUUCCUGAAGAUAUGAGCUUAAAUUUCAGGAACUUCUUGAAGGGUUUGCUUAACAAGGUACCAGAGAAAAGGCUAUCUUGGCCGGCUCUAUUGGAGCACCCAUUUGUCAAAGAACUUACAAAGGAUAACUUAACCUUUUGCAGGGUGCUGGUAAUGUCUCCUGCAAGGGAUUUGUUGGCACAGACAGGAGGGAAGCAAACAACUGCACUCUUGAUCUACCAUCUGAAUCUGCUGCUGACAAUACUUGCGAGCUCUUCUUCUCUGGACUGUGACAAAAAUGAAAAUCUCUGUUCCAAUGUCCCUGUAGACAGUCCUGGUUUAGCCACAAAUGGUCAGUAUGAUGAACCAUUAGUAUGUCAACGUUUUCCCGGAAAUUAUCAAUCAGAAUGCCAAAUUUUGGAUAAGCUCGAGAAUAACUCAAAAACAAUCAAAGGAGCAAUUAUUAUUGGUCAAGACAAAGAGGCAUUAUCUGCGAUUUUGUUUCCAUUGAAGAUUCCAUCGAGUGGAUCUACUACUUCUUUAAGGGAUUUAAAUAUUGAUGACAUAAACCAGUCAAUCAGGAUUAUCGCCAAUUUAAUAGCAGCUGGAGUGCAUCAUUCUUCCGCAGCAUUGGAUGAUAUGAUAAGCGUGCUACUUGAAUUUACAAAUUUCAUCGUCAAACUGAACAUUUCUGACACCCACGGAUUAAUAAUGAAGAGUCUAUCAAUUUUAAAGAAGUUGUUGGAUAACAGUGGAAUCGGAGUCGGAAGUUCUUAUGGUAGACAUUGGGUUGCCCUCAAGGAACUGCAUUCACAGAUUUUGGUCGUAAUCAAUGACACAUCUGGAAGAAUUUUCUACGAGUCCACUGCCUGUGUUGCAAUAAUGCUAUCUCAAGUUGCUUUGGGAUUUAAAACAUCGGCGGCAAUUGGCGAUCCUGAGGUCCCUUCCACUUCUGCAAAAGAAAUUUUUAUUCAGCUAGUUGAUCAUGCACAAGCUGUGGGAGUUGUGGAAGUUUUGUGUGAAUGUUUAAUUAUCUCAGGAUCGAGUCUCAUGUCUGGAUCGUCAAAUUUUAUUCCUACUGCUUGCGAAGCUUGCAAGGCUCUUUGGUAUCUGAUUGAGGCAUUGGAGAUUAAUUCAGAGAAACCACGCCCAUAUUUUUUUUCAUUGAAUGAUUCUAGAUCUGAGUCUAUGUUCCAAAAUGAUAUAAAAACGCAAAAGCAAGGCUUAUUACCUGAUACAGAAGCAAUUAAUGUGAUUGAGAUGAUCAGGAAGUUGUUCAUACAGUCAAAAGAGAUGCAGACUGCCUUUUAUUAUUGUUUCCACAAUGGUCUAGAGUCUGCUCUGUUUGCCGGCCUUCAGCUUAUAUCAAGGAUGUGUCUGUCAAACAUUGAUGUCUGCAAUGUGCUUUGUGUCCUGCAAUAUUCAACUCGUAGUGAUGAAGUUGAUGCUGGUGGGGAUGGAACAUUUAUCUGUGACAUGUUUUCCUUGAUGUCACUAUGUGCUCCAUACAUUAAUAAUGAAUCAGGAGAGGAAAACAACAAGAAAUGUAGACUUUCCAAUCCCCAUGGCAUAGUUCUACAUUGUUGUAUUGCCUUGUCCGUCAUCGCCCUCUGCUUAAAGUCAGACAGAAAAUUUUCAGCAUCCUAUAUGCUUACAGGUUCCCCAAAGAAACAAAGAAUUCGUCUAUCAGUGCUUGCCCGUUUAUCUUCUUCUGAUGAUAGGACUGGAAAUUCAGUUCAUUGUGCAUCAGCUAUGCUAGCUUUAUCAUCAAUUAUUAGUCUGGAAUGCUUCAGUCCUUCAAAAUCAUCCAUCUGCGAAGUGGCGCUCGCUUUACUUCCACCCAUGGCAACACUUCGCACCCAUCUCAAGCUUUGGUUGGCUGAUGAAAUGGGAGCACAAUUCGAUUAUAAGUGGUCACAAAUCUUUUGUCAUGGCCUUAGGGAUGGUUGUCUUGGGUUGCUGGAUGCGAGAUUGAAAUGUGGUGGACCUCUAGCCGUUGAACAGGCAUGUUCAAGUGAUAUACCGCAACUUCUUCUUUCUUUGUUGGCUCAUGGUCUUAAGAAAGACCCCUCAGACAUAAAUAAAGCUGCAAAGAUUCAUAUUGGCCUAUCACCAAUGGGGCUUGUAUGGACACUUUCUUCCUUGUGCCAUUGCUUACCUGGGGGUGUUUUUAGGGAGACAUUGUUUAGGAGAGAGAAUGUGAAGCUCAUAGUUGAUCUAAUAUCUGAUGCACAUAUCAAGUUAGUAAGAUGUUGGAGAGGGUUUGGUGGAGGAACUAGUGGGGUCAGAGAUCUUAUGAAUUCAGUGGUGGAUCUCUUUGCAUUUCCCUUCGUUGCUGUUCAGAGCUCACCCAGCAUGCCACCAACUUCUGCAUCCAUUAACAGUGGCUAUCUUCUGAACAUUGAUUCACCUGGCUGGAGAAUGGGUGUUGAAAGUAGGGAAAUGGUCAAGUCUAUUGAGGCUAACAUGUCUCAUUAUAUACAGAUUCUUCUUGAGGCUGGUGUUCCUCGCAGUAUUCUUAGAUGCUUGGAUUUUCUGGAUUCAAAAAAUCUAGCGAGGCCGGUAGCUUUUUUAGCCAAAAUGGUUGCAUACCGUCCCCUUGCGUUGCAGCUUGUCAGAGAAGGUUUAUUGAGUUCAAACUUGGCUAGAAGAUUGCUUGGCGGAUCGAGCCCCAAGGAAGUUAUGCUUGACUUUCUCAUGAUUAUUUCUGAUAUUGCUCGGAUGUCAAAGGACUUUUAUGAAUACAUUGAUAAGGCUUCUUUGCUUGGUCACUUGAAAGACUUUUUGUGCAGUGAGGAUGCUGAUUUACGUUCCAAAGCUUGCAGUGCCUUUGGAAACAUGUGUCGGCAUAGUGACUACUUUUAUAAAUCUCUUGCAAAGGAUGACAUUGUCGAGCUCCUUAUUGAUCGAUGUUCUGAUUCAGACAAACGUACAAGAAAGUUUGCCUGUUUUGCUGUUGGAAAUGCUGCCUACCACAGUGAUGCUCUUUAUAUUCAACUUAGGAGAUGCAUACCUCAGCUCACCAAGCUUCUGCUGUCCGGAGAUGAAGAUAAAACCAAAGGGAAUGCAGCUGGUGCACUGAGCAAUCUCGUGCGCAAUUCCAACCUGCUCUGUAAAGACAUUGAGAAGGAGGGAGCAAUACAGGCAUUGUUGAAGUUGGUCAGUGAUUACUCCAUUGUCGCCUUGAGCCCAAGCAGAAAAGAGGCAAUCACCGAGUCGCCUCUAAAGAUCGUACUUUUCGCGCUAGGGAAAAUGUGCGACCACAUGAUAUGCAGGCGUGUCCUUCGAUCAUUGAACUCGCUUCCUCUCUUCACACAACUUAAACGCUCACCUGAUUCAACCAUUGCUGAGUACGCCUCAAUCAUUCUUACCAAAGCAUCUCAGGCUUGAUGGGGAGGUGGUAAUUUAACAGUUGUAAUUUCUUUUGUUUGUCUAUUUGCCAUCACAUGUACAUAUCCAACAAAAUGUGCAGAACUUUCAAUUUUCGUCAGUUUGCUGUUGAGUUAUUCAUGCUUUUGCUAGUGGUCUGCUAAUUCAUUACAGAGUUCAUUCUUUGGAUGAGUCGCAAUAAACCUUGUGAUGCCUCUGUGUUUUCUUAAAGCUAUCCAUUAGUUGAAGCUGGAAUCAACUUUAGAGAAGGGAAUGAAAAAUCACAAUUGGCUUGUU